CCGACCUGCGGCCUGGAUACGCUUCCUUAGCAACGAGUUGCUCUUGGCAACAGGAGGACGCAAACCGGUAGGCUUUGUCUCCCCGCUUGCUGUUGGAGGCCCAGGCCGAAUCAUGACGGAGAUCUUGUGCCAGUGGCUCAACCAAGAGUUGAAGGUGUCCCAGACCGUGAAUCCCAAGUCCUUUGCAAAGGCAUUUUCCAGUGGCUACCUAAUUGGAGAAGUUCUGCACAAAUUUGAACUUCAGAAUGACUUUUCAGAAUUUUCAGACACCAGGGUUUCGAGUGCCAAACUUAGUAAUUUUUCUCGCUUGGAGCCAACACUUCACCUUCUGGGUGUGCAGUUUGACCAGAAGGUGGCGAACAACAUUAUUACAGAGAAGCCUGGGGCCGCGACAAAACUUGUGUACGAGUUAUACACUGCCCUGCAGAAGAAGAAGAAGAGUGGACUGACCUGGGUGGAAAUGCACACCAUGCAACAACCCCUGCCCAACACGAGGCUUCAGAACGUGAAAAGCGAGGCUUUGGGGGAUCCACGGCUGAGCAGAAGACGGCAAAAUGAAAUAAUGGCCAGAAUCCAGGCGGCCAUCAUACAGAUCCCUAAACCCGCCUCGAACCGCACUCUGAAAGCUCUUGAGGCCCAAAAAAUGAUGAAGAAGAAAAAAGAAACAGAGGAUGUGGCCAAAGAGAUUAAGAAGUUUGAAGAAUUACUAAAGAAGGAUCUCCAAGCAAAAGAAAGUGCAUCCAAGGCUUCUCUGGAUACAGCAGGCCAGACAACUGCCGAUUUGCUCAACACUUACUCGGAUGAUGAAUACAUUAAAAAAAUCCAAAAGCGCCUCGAAGAAGAUGCUUUUGCCCGAGAACAAAGGGAGAAAAGACGGCGGAGGCUGUUAAUGGAUCAGUUAAUAGCCCAUGAGGCACAAGAGGAGGCGUACCGGGAGGAGCAGCUGAUCAACCGGCUCAUGCGGCAGUCCCAGCAGGAGCGCAGGAUCGCCGUGCAGCUGAUGCACGUGCGGCACGAGAAGGAAGUCUUAUGGCAAAACAGAAUCUUCAGAGAGAAGCAGUAUGAGGAGAGACGACUGAAAGAGUUCCAGGAUGCUCUUGACCGAGAAGCGGCUUUGGCAAAACAAGCCAAGAUAGAUUUUGAAGACCAAGCCGUCAGAGAGCGGGAAGUCCACGAGCAGAUCGCUGUGGAGAGAGCGCAGGCUCGGUACCAAAAGCAUUACCUCAUAUGCGCCUCGAUUUUGGAUCAGAUACUGGAUUUGUCCACCAAAGUGGCAGACUAUCGAAUGUUGACAAAUAACCUGAUUCCAUAUAAGCUGAUGCAUGAUUGGAAGGAGCUGUUUUUUCAUGGAAAGCCCAUUUAUGAGCAAUCCUGUAUUAAGGAUCUACCAGCUAAGCCCACUGCAGAACAACUUGUAGAACUGGAGAAAAGGGACUUGCUAGAUAAUAGUGAUUAUGGAGAAUAUAAGAACAUGGUCGGAGAGUGGGCAUUACCAGAAGAAAUGGUUGAUCGCUUACCACCCUCCAACAACCGCAUAUUGGGCCAUGUGAUUCACAGACUUGUCGAAAAAUCUCUGCCCCCUCCAGCUGAAUCAACAGAACCUGAAUUACCUUCGUUUGCUAUUAAAGGCUGCAUACUGGGAAAAACAUUUAGUGGAAAAACUACUGUUCUAAAGUUUCUACAAAAAGACUUUCCUAUUCGGGUACUUUCUAUCGACACUCUUCUGCAAGAAGCUAUCGCAGCAUUUCAUGACAAAGAAACAGUCCAGGAGGCCCCACCCACUCAGAGUGAAGCAAAAGGAAAGGCUGGGCCUGAUCAGCACAGGAAUGAAAGCCAGGAUCUGCAAAAUAAACUUCUAGCUGAUUCAGUUUCAUUUGAGCCAUUACCAGAAAGAGAAGAUAAAACUACACUCAGUACUGACACCAGUGAAACACCAAAACCGGAAGAACUCCAAUCAAGUGAUAGUUUCUCUAAACUCACAGCCCGUGCUCAGCUUGGUGCGAAAUCAGAAAAGAUGCUGAAGAAAGGAAAAAGCGUUUCUGACCUGUUGCUAGUUAGCAUCCUGGUAGAUGCUAUUAAUCAGCUACCAGUGGAUCAAGGCUGGGUCCUCGAUGGUUUUCCCAUGACGCUGAACCAAGCAAGGCUUCUGGACGAAGCUCUCACGGGCUGCAACCGAACCCUCAUGGAGCUGGAGAGGAAGAAAGCCCAGAAGCACGCACUGGCUGUCGAUCCCACGGCCACCAAAGAGGUGCCUCUUCCCCCUGCUGCGCUGGACUUUGUCAUGUUACUAGAUAUUUCCGAUAACUCCUCACUGGAUCGCAUGAAUAACAUGAUGGAUAAAGAAUUUUCAACUAAAACUGUUCAUGAAGAUAUCAAUCAACGUGUAGCUGCUAAGAACCAAGAUAUGAAUAAUGACCAGAAUUUAAGAGACCAAAUACAGCAUAGAAUUACAGGUUUCUUGGAUAACUGGUCCUUAUUGGAACAAUGGUUUUCGGAGCCGGAAAAUAUUUUGAUAAAAAUCAAUGCUGAAGUAGAUAAAGAGUCUUUAUGCCAAAAAGUAAAGGAAAUAUUUACGAAUGAAAUAGUAAAAAAAGAGGAUAAAGUUAAAAAGAAAUUAGAAGAAAAGGAAGCUCAGAGAAAAGAAGAAGUUUCCCUGGCCGAGCCUCCAGCUGUGCCUCCUCCUCUCCCUCCUCCUGCUGAACCAGAAAAAGAGAAGGAAACCCAUCCUCCAGAUGAGCGUUCAAAAACCCCUCCUGCCAAAGGAAAGCCACCAUCAGAGCCCCUGCAUGGUAAGAGAGAAUCUCUUCAGGAAGGAAAAGGGAAGAAAAGUGAAACUUCAGUCAAAAAGAAAGGUGCAGCAGAUAAAGGUUCUCCUAAAGGAAAAUCUUCAGGAGGAAAAGUACCAGGAAAGAAAUCCCCUGCUGAAUCCACAGUUGUGCCACCUGCCCCGGCAGGGCCACCGCCACCUAAGCCAGGGUCGGAAGAAUGGGUCUAUGUGAAUGAACCAAUUCCUGAGGAAAUACCUUCAUUUUUAGUGCCUUACUGGGAACUAAUAGAAAAUUCCUACAUAGACUCCAUCAAAGCAGUGCUCAGGAACCUGAGAGAAGAUUGGCAUAUUGUGCUUGCCUUCUUAUAUGAGACCAGAACAAGUUUCCAGCAGUUUCUAAGGCGCCCGGAUCACAAGCAAGAUUUUGUAUCUCAGUGGCAGGCCGACUUCAACUCACUUCCUGAAGACUUGUGGGAUGACGAGGAAACAAAGGCAGAAGUCCACCAAAGAGUGAACGAUUUACGAGACCGCCUGUGGGACAUCUGCGACACCCGGAAGGAGGAGGCUGAGCAGGAGCGUCUGGACAUCAUUAACAAGAGCUGGUUGCAGGACUCGGUCGGGAUAAUGAUGAACCACUUCUUCUCGCUCAUGCAGGCAGAAGUGAACCGUUUUCAAGAUACAAAGAGACUCCUUCAGGAUUAUUACCGGGCAAUGGAAUGCAAAAUCCCAACGGAAGACAACAAGAAGUUCAUUCACAUCCCGCUGCUCCAGCUGGAUGGUAGAGACGCUUCGGAAAGCCACCUCAGAACUCCUCUAGCUUCUCGAAUAUCUGUUUCUCCGGAUUCAGCUGUCUCCAAAUCCAAACCAAAAACCAUACUGAAAGUCAAGAUUGACCACUCGCUGGAAAAAGUAGAGUUAAACCUCGAGGCAGAUGAGAAGUUGGUGAUGGACACCUGGCAGCAGGCUUGCUUAGCGGUAUCUCACAUGGUGGCUGCUGAAAUUCACCAGAGGCUCCUGGAAGAAGAAAAGGACACCCAGCUGGCAGAAACAAAAGAAAAAUCUCCUCAGACGAAUGCCAAUAAAAAGGUCACAAAGGAACCACCCCCACAGAAAAAGGCAGACAAAAAAGAGAAAGGGAAAUCAUUAUCCAUGACAGACGCCACUGCUGCAGCACAGUCACCAUCGGAGAUUGCCGAAAUGGAAAGGAAAAACGAACUGAGACUCAGAAUAAAGGAGGAACAUCUUGCUGCCCUGCAGUUUGAAGAAAUAGCCACACAGUUCCGACUUGAACUGAUAAAGACAAAAGCACUGACCGCCAUUGAAGGUUUAGUGACAAAGGUAGUGGAUGUAUAUAAGCUCAUGGAAAAGUGGCUUGGUGAGAGGUACUUGCAUGAAAUGGCCAGUAUAGAAAAGUUAACGGAGGUAGCUCGCUAUCACAUUGAAACGUCUACAAAAAUUCAGAAUGAACUUUAUUUGGACCAAGAACACUUCUUCAUUAAUGGCGACAUCAAAGUCUUUCCAGACCCUCCUCCUCCUAUACGCCCUCCGCCUGUGGAAAAGGAAGAAAAUGGCACCCUGACCAUUGAGCAGCUGGACAAUUUCCGAGAUCAAUUCUUAGAAAUAGCACCGAAAGGCAUAAUAGGAAAUAAAACAUUCACCGACAUUCUUCUUGACUUGGUGACCCUGAACCUUGGAACAAACAACCUUCCUAGUAGUUGGAUGCACCUCACUCGGCCUGAAUUGCAGGAGCUAACCUCUUUACUGACAGUAAACUCAGAUUUCGUGGACUGGCGGAAGUUCUUGUUAGUGGCUUCGCUGCCUUGGCCCAUCGCCCUGGAGGAGGAGCUCCUGAAGACCCUGCAGAGGUUCAAGGCCGUGGAUGAGGAGCAGCUGGGCACCAUCACCUUCCAGCAGUACAUGCAGGCCGGUCUCUGGUUCACGGGUGACGAAGACAUCAAAGUUCCAGAGGACCCUUUCGAACCCCUGCCAUUCAAUAGGCAAGGGCAUCUUAUAGAGUUUUUCUUUAGGCUGUUUGCUGACUGUGAGAAGGACCCACCCCUGCUGGACUACACGUGGAUGCUGCUUUAUUUUGCUUGCCACCCGGACCCCGUGGAAGGGGUCUACAGGGCCCUCAGCGUGGCCACUGGGACUCAUAUCUUCCAGCCAUUUGAAACUGCUACUAUUGCUGCAGAAGAGAACUACUCCCUGACCGACAUGCGUCCAACGCAGGAGUAUCCCGAAACCGAGGGAAAGGUUAUAAGUGAGAAAAGGGAAUUAAGAGGGGAAAGGGAGGCGAAGGAAGAAGAAAGGCCUGCUAACGCCAACGCUGAAAAGAUUGCCAUGGAAACGCUGCUCCAGGUGUUCCGAGGAGAAAACGAAGGUCAGGGCGCUAACCAGCCGGUCAGCGCCCUGAGGAGGCAGAACAUCUAUGCAGAGAACUUCAUAAAAGUAUUUCAGGACCUGGGUGCCAAGAAUCUGGAACCAGUGAAAGUUGCUCUUCUUUUGAAGCACCCUUUUAUCCAGGACCUGAUUUCAAGUUAUCCGGACUAUAAAAUUCCCGACAUUAAAAUAAUCCUCCAAAGGAGUGAGCAUGUACAAGGAAGUGAUGAAGAGAGAUCUCCUUCAAGAUUCAUGGAGGAAAAGAAAUGAAAGCCAAAGAGUAGGGCGUGAUUUUUAUAAUUCGGCAAUGAAUCUUCCACCGUCAAAUCUCAACAUGGUGUCUGUCAUGUAUGUUAUUGUUGUAAGUGUAGAAAUGACCCCUACCAGGUUAUGAGGGGUGGAUGGAUCUAAGG